GUGACGUCGCGUACGUCACGGCGUCUCCCAGGGCAGCAGCGGUGGCGGCGGCCAGGGCCCAAUAUGGCGGCGGGCAGGGCUGUAUCUCCCGGCCGCUGAGUCUCCGGGGGUCGCCGCGUCUUGUCACCGCCUCUCCGGUGUUACCCGGAACCGGUACGGGCGGUCCCCGCCCGAGAGCUCGCCCAGGUGACCCCGCUGCAGCGCACUUUCCUCAAGGACCCCCUAAUAUAACGGUGUCCCCAAUGGGUCGGUGAGCCCCCCCAGCCCCGGGGAUGACCAAGGAGGUGACAGCGGGGAGACCUAUGUCAUAACACCGCUACUAGGAGGCUAGUCCAUGUCCUCAGGGCCCCUUGACACCCCUGUGACACCAGGGACAGCCCCCUCCUCCUACUUGAAGUCUGAUAUUUACAGAGUGGCCCCUGUGGCCCCUAUGCCAUGACUGGCCCUGAGUGCUAUAGGCCGCCUCUGACAUUGUAUGCUCCUCAUUCGCUUUUAACUUGAUUUAUGCACCAAGGGGGUUUAAUCUAAUGAACAUUUGCUAACACCCUGUGGUCUCCGGGACUGAUAUGGGAUAGUCUAUGCAUUACCCACAAACCACAUCCGUCUUCCAAAGAGACUUUCUAUAGACUGGACAGAAGAAGCUGUUCCGCAUUUACAUCUAUAUAUGUGUAUAUUUUUUUUAACUCCCUGCCUCACUUAAGUUUAAGUCGUGUUGUUGAUCAGUCAACGUUUUGGAUCCUGUGAAUACAAGAUAACACAGUGACGGCCUGAAAUAAACAUUUGUUUACGUUUUUGUUUUCUUUUUGCAAACUCUGCUCAUCCUAUGGGUCAGCAGCCUGGAAAAGUGCUUGGGGACCAGAGGAGGCCGAGUCUGCCUGCCUUACCCUUUAUCAAAGGAGUCGGGAAGAAGGACUCCGCCAAGCACGGCGGCCCUCAUUGCAAUGUUUUUGUGGAGCACGAAGCCUUGCAAAAACCAAUAGUUUCAGACUUUGAGCCUCAAGGUCUCAGUGAAGCUGCUCGUUGGAAUUCCAAGGAAAACCUUCUGUCUGGACCAAGUGAAAAUGACCCCAACCUGUUUGUUGCACUGUAUGACUUCGUGGCCAGUGGGGACAAUACCCUCAGCAUCACUAAAGGCGAGAAGCUCCGGGUGUUGGGAUACAAUCACAACGGAGAGUGGUGUGAGGCCCAGACCAAGAACGGACAAGGCUGGGUGCCCAGUAAUUACAUCACCCCGGUCAAUAGCCCUGAGAAACAUUCCUGGUACCACGGACCAGUGUCGCGCAACGCGGCUGAAUACCUGCUGAGCAGCGGAAUCAAUGGCAGCUUCCUGGUGAGGGAGAGCGAGAGCAGCCCGGGGCAGAGGUCCAUAUCCCUGAGAUACGAGGGCAGGGUUUACCACUACCGCAUCAACACGGCUUCUGAUGGAAAGCUGUACGUGUCCUCGGACAGCCGCUUCAAUACACUGGCCGAGCUAGUCCACCACCACUCCACAGUGUCCGACGGGCUGAUCACCACUCUACACUACCCAGCUCCAAAGCGCAACAAACCGACCAUCUAUGGCGUGUCCCCAAACUAUGACAAGUGGGAGAUGGAGAGGACGGACAUCACCAUGAAGCAUAAGCUGGGUGGCGGACAGUAUGGAGAAGUCUAUGAGGGCGUGUGGAAAAAAUAUAACUUAACAGUGGCAGUGAAGACUCUAAAGGAGGAUACUAUGGAAGUGGAAGAGUUUUUAAAAGAAGCCGCUGUGAUGAAAGAGGUCAAACACCCCAAUCUGGUCCAGUUGCUGGGGGUGUGCACACGAGAGCCCCCAUUUUACAUAAUCACAGAGUUCAUGACCUAUGGCAACCUCCUGGACUACCUGCGGGACUGCAAUCGGCAGGAGGUGACGGCAGUAGUACUUCUUCAUAUGGCCACUCAGAUUUCAUCUGCCAUGGAGUACCUUGAGAAAAAGAACUUCAUUCACAGGGACCUUGCAGCCAGAAACUGCCUCGUUGGGGAAAACCACUUGGUGAAAGUAGCCGAUUUUGGUCUGAGUCGGUUGAUGACAGGGGACACAUAUACUGCCCAUGCCGGUGCCAAAUUCCCUAUUAAGUGGACUGCCCCAGAAAGCUUGGCUUAUAACAAGUUCUCCAUAAAAUCAGAUGUUUGGGCCUUUGGUGUUUUACUAUGGGAAAUUGCCACCUAUGGGUUGUCUCCAUACCCAGGCAUCGAUCUUUCUCAGGUGUACGAGCUGCUAGAAAAGGAUUAUCGUAUGGAGCGUCCAGAAGGUUGUCCAGAAAAAGUUUAUGAACUCAUGAGAGCAUGCUGGCAAUGGAAUCCUCUAGACAGACCAUCCUUUGCUGAAAUCCAUCAAGCAUUUGAAACAAUGUUCCAGGAGUCGAGUAUCUCAGACGAGGUGGAGAAAGAACUGGGAAAGAAAGGCCUCAGGGUUAUCAUGAGCAAUCCAUUGCAAGCCCCUCAGCUGCCUACAAAAAGCAGGUUUACACGAAAAGUGGCUGAAAGCAAGGAUGAUAAUGCAGAUCCUAUACAGGGGAGAGGAGCGGGGGACCUAGAUGUUUUGGAACUUGAGCCAGCAGUGUCUCCCCUCCUCCCUCGCAAGGAGCGGCUAGGGACUGCAGAUGGUGGACUCCCAGAGGAUGAACGCCUGCUGCCCAACAACAAAAAAGCCAAUCUGUUUAGCACUCUGAUCAAGAGGAAAAAGAAAGUUGCCCCCACGCCACCCAAACGCAGCAGCUCGUUUCGUGAAAUCGAACAAAGGUGCAUGGAAGGAGAGCAUAGAGAUGAUGGCGGCAAUAUUGAUUCCAUAAAAUUCCCAAAUAAUGGUGCUGCUAUGACCAACGGCUCAGUGCAAGGAAGUAUUGGCUUUCUAACCCCACACUGGAAGAAAUCCAGUGCGAAUGCAGGCCGCCAAGCACCGCAAGGGGAGGACGUGGGUAAUAGCCACACAGGAAAACGUUUCCAGAGGUCGUCUUCUGCUUCCUGCAUGCCUCAUGGGUCCAAAGACAUGGAAUGGAAGUCAGUCACCCUCCCCAGGGAAAUGCCGUCCACGCGGUAUAUGUUGGACAUGGCUAGCUCUGGGCAAAAAGCAGAAAUACCAGCUCUGCCACGAAAGAGAGGCAACGAAAGCAAAACAGACUCAUGUCCCAGGGGGGCUGUCACACCACCACCUCGUCUACCCAAAAAAAGUGAGGAGCCAACAGAUGAAGUGUUUAAAGACCCAGACCCAAGUCCAGUAUCCAGCUCACCAAGUUUGACGCCAAAAUUGCUGCACAGGAAAGCCGGAGGCCCUCCUUCAUCCUCUCCCAUACAGAAAGAGGAUAUGGGGAGCACCAGAUGUGGCUCUGAGUCUGCUUUCUCUGCCAAGCAAACCUCAGGUUCUGGGAAAGCCGAAGCAGAUCUCCGGCUCAGAAGGGCUAAACUGUCAGAAACAGCUACCAAGGACAAAAUGAAAGCAUUAAAGGUCAAACCGAGCCCACCUCUUCCACUUUCCACUCCAACCUCUUCAUCUUCCACCAGCUCCUGCACCUUAGGAAAAUCUACAAAACUUUCCUCUCAAAAUCAUGAUCCUAGCAUAAAUGAGCCAAAGCAGAAACCGACAAACCAGAGCGAGGACCACUCAAGAACAAACCCAUCUGUGAUAGACAGCGGCAAGAAAUCAGUGCUACUGUCCAACGUCAAGCCCCAAUCCACAGAGAAGCGGCCUGGGGUGCAGGCAAUGGCUGGAGGAGGUGUGGAUAGGCCUCAACAGUCAGCUCCGUCUUCCUCGUCGUCCACCGCUUUUAUUCCCCUCCUCUCCACAAGAGUUUCCCUGCGCAAAACCCGCCAACCCCCAGAAAAGUUCCUCAGUGGAGCAGUCACAAAGGAUACUGUAUUGGAGAGCACAGAAUGCCUGCGGGCUGCUAUCAGCCGCAAUUCGGAACAAAUGGCCAGCCACAGUGCGGUGCUCGAGGCUGCUAAAAACCUGCACGCUUUUUGCACCAGUUAUGUGGACUCCAUUCAACAAAUGAGGAACAAAUUUGCUUUCAGAGAAGCAAUGAGCAAGCUGGAGAACAGUCUUCGGGAUCUACAAAUCUGCCCCACCGCUGCCUCCACAGGUGGUGGACCUGCCACGCCUCAGGACUUUAGCAGGCUGCUCUCUUCUGUGAAAGAGAUCAGUGAUGUAGUGCAGAGGUAGCAUCUGAGAUUCAGGGCUUUAAGUCCAAAUUAAGAGCGGAGGACAACAGGGCCUCAACCUCUUACUCUCUCAAGAUGCUGGAAUGCAGGGUCCAUUUAUGGUGGCUUUAGUACUGAUGCCUGGGAAGAAGCACUUUGAAUCUGAGGUUUUGAUUGGUGGUAUUUAGGCUCACAACAUGCCACAUGGCAUUUAAAAAGUGGCCAUACAUGCACAUCUUUUAAGAACGCCCUCACCUCUCCUCUUUCCGUAGAGACUGCGGUAAUAUCUGACACGGACCUUAAUGGUCUACUGAUUUAUCUUAAACCCUUAAUUGGCAGAGUGCUUUAAAGUGUCGUGGAGACCAUACAGGACAUUAAUACAAGCAGUAUUGUAAGCAAAAAUAAUGUCUUUGUCUAACACUGCUACAUCCUCAUCACUACUGCCUCAUCUUUUAUAAAACCCUUGAAAAUUAGUGACUUAUUUUCAAACCCCUCCCCCCCAAUGCACACAUCAUAACGAGUCCCCCUUGAGGUGUUCUCAUGUCCCAAAACAUUCCAAGCUGUUACAUAAAAUGACAACACAUUUAGCACACACAAGAGAAUCUUGUAUCAUUCCAUCAUGUUUUCAGUUCACAGAUAAAUCCAUGGACUGGUCUGCUGAGACCGUCAUGUCCUCUUCCAGUUACCAGUCUCAAAGGGUUCCUUUUGGCUGGUAUUAUGCUGGCACAUUAUCUAAACAGUGGUGCAGUGAAUACAUCUUCUAAAUAUAAAACAAACUGCUAGAUGAAGACUGUAUUGUUCAUCUGUUUUUAACAACUUAAGUGCAAUUCUGUUUUUCUUUUUCCGUUCCAUUCUUUUAUUAAAAAAAACAAAAAUCCAGAAUGAAAUGGCCCACAGUCUAUAGCUUGUGAGCGAUACUUUGCCCAACCCCCUUAAUUUUGUUAGCCAUAAGCAAAAUCACAGCUUAAAACCUUGUAGGUUACAGAUAUGUUGGUGAUGGAAUCCCAGGCACGGGGCUUCUAGGGAGUGUGGUGUUGAAGUCUUGUUACUCUGCACAUUAGGAUCCUUUGCCCCAGCCGAUGAUUCACAGAUCCAGCUGUGCCUCCCACCUCUGUUAUCUCCAUGAGUAGACUAUACGAAUGCCGACUGAGCGUCUCCCACCCUUCCUUUUAGACGUUUACAGUAAAUUUAAAAUUUUCAGUAUAAAUUUACAGUUCGCUGUUUUUAUUUUUUCCUUUGCAAGGAUAUGCAAUUUUAUACCUACAUGUAAAUAUACAAAUGUCAGAUUUAAACGUGCACACACAGCUGCCUUCACUAAAAGGUUUCUCCCUGGCACUGAAGAGGUUAAAGUGCCUCUAAAUGCAGUGGCGACCGGGAUUGGCCGCUGAGCUGUAGGGCUGCAUGCUUUGCAAUUAGCAGCAAGAGGUCCAAGGCCAGGCGCCAUUGUAUCUUCGCCUCUCAGUGUCAGAGGGGGUGUAUCUGCCUGGCUGGUUACCCAGUGGUUACUGAGAAGGAUAGCGGAUGAUCACGGGUGGCAUUUGGGCGUGUAUUGCCAUCAUUGUUUGCCAGUGUCUUUAAUCAGUGCCUUUUCAGUGACUACCUAUACUCUAGGCCGGUGCCUUACACACACAGAGAAAUGGCCUCCGCCCUGGUGUCUUGUCAGGAGUUGAGCCUACACGUUUUGUCAUUUUACUGUUUUUGUUUCAUUGAAAUGAUAAAAGCAGAACAAUCCAGCGUCCGUUUUGUUGUUUUUUUUUACCCAUACUGCAGGACCUAGAAUUUUACUUCCAGAUCAUUUCACUGAGACUUACGGUUUAUCUGAUAAUAUCAAGUGUAUGAAUUUCCCUGGUGAUAGAAGGUUGGUCCUUCCCAUUUGUUAAAGGUUUUUUGUUUUUUUUCCUUAACCUAGCAUUACCUCUGAUAAAUGACAGUACUGAAAUUACAAUGGUUUUUGCACUUUACAGUCCUACACCAGAGCACGGCAACCUGGUUAAUCCAUCUUCCAGUAUAACCAAAAAAAAAACGUGCGCAUCAAGUAGUGUGAUCGUACACGGUUAAAGCACAUAAACUUUUAUAUGUUAUUUUUAAAUCAAUUACUUGACAAUUAUAGGGCCUACCUAUUGUGAUGUUUUCUCCUUUUUUGUUUUUGGACUAAAAAAAUUGGAUAGUAUGACGUCUGUCGCCAUUUCUAUUGAAUAGUCACUUGCAAAAAUAUGCAUUUGUUGACAGUCAAGUACUAGGUGGAAGGUCUCUAGAAACACGUGAUUCCUGCUGGGCUACACUUAGGUGUUUUGGCAGCAAAUCAGGCUUACGGAGGAGAGAGCUUUUACUUGUAACUGGCAGUGAAGAUGUUAAAUUUUCCAAGUCCCCAAAUGUUCCUCUACCUUCGUUAUUAAGUGGUAACGCAGUUCAUUAAAAGGAACCGGUGUUUGCAAUAAGAAGAUUCAUAUUUAUUUAUAAAGAUAGAUGCUUAUAGAGAAAAAGUUAUUAAUUUUUAUUUCCCUUGUUCAAUGAAACAGCCCCGUUAUACUCAGGCGGCUCUGUACUGACUGUUGAGAAAUAAUUAGCCGAUUCCUAGAUCUCACUACUGUGCAGUAACAUCAGCCCGAGCUGCUCUGACCUAAAGGCAGGUUGGUAAUUACAGCAGGUGGGUUGUUUUCAAAGAUUUGGUUGGCCCAGAUGUUUUAAACUCUUAAUUGCCAGCGUUGUAGUCCCUGAAUUGCCGGAGAGUGCUGAAACACACACCGGACAAGAGUUGUGAGUGCAAUUAGCUUAUUGCAGCACUGAGUAAAAUAUGUGAAGUGGGUGACCUGUGCCUACAGCGAGAAAGGGCAACAAGGUACGGCGCAUAUAUAUGUAUCACACCUGUGGCUGUGUCCACACCUGGGCUUAUGUGUCACUGGCGUUUCAAAGAUGUCACUUCCUGUACAUAACUUUUUCUUUUAUGUUCUUGUAAUGUCACCUCUGUGUCUGUUUUACAAUUUUGUCAAAAUACAACUCAUUUAUGUA